CUUUUCUUUUUUGUGAUCGAUCUCACAAUUCUUCUUUUGGAGGAUGACGCAUUUCUUUUCUCUCCCGUGGUGAUCCAAGUGAUAAAUUGAAUUUCUUGAGAACCGCUCCAUCCAUCGUCAAGUUCCUGUUACAUAGAAUAUAUCACGUAUUUGUCGACAGCGUGCCUAUAGCGAUUAGAGGAAUGCUGCUGCUCUAUCCGUUGCUGUUCCUGCCUCUGUUAUUAACGAUGGCGGAGAGCACACAGGCCACCAUGAUACAGGAAAGGUGGAAGCCCCAGCUGGAAAAUUGGAGAAGGCCCGCGGAUUGGAUCGGUGAUGGAAUUUUGAACGUUGCUGGCACCGUUCUUCCCGUGACUCGAUCACCGUUCGACGGAAUACGAGCUCGUAGGAAGAAGAAACACAAGUUGAACAAAUACGUCAUUCCCCUGAUCGUAGGAUUCAUGUUGAUAAAAUCGAUUCUCCUGCCUAUUGCCUUGAAGACGUUGGCCAUUUUAAGCGGGAAGGCGGUCGUUCUGAGCUUGAUGAGCUUGAUUCUGGCGGCCAUCGUGGGGCUGAAGAGGGUCGCACAGGGCCACACGGGAGGGAGCUACGAGGUGCUAACCGUGCCCCACAACAAAUACAAAAGGCAAGAUUAUCUCGACACGGGGGACGACUUGAUGGACACCGAGCCUUACAAGUUUUAUAGGGAACGGCGCAGGAGAAAGAUCAAAUUUGUUCAGGAAACAUUUUCUCUCUGAAAAGCAACAAACUGCAAAUUCGAUUAACAUAGGAAGAUGAAUUUGAAUAAAGAAUAAAGAAUCUCAAGGAUCUUCAAGAUCUCACUUCCAACAAUUGAGAAAGAUAAUUAUGUCGAAGCAAAGAGUGAACGUUAUCGAUAUUUUUUUUUUUGCAAUCAAAAGAAUCUUGACAUUUUUAAUUAUUUAAUUAAUAUUUAAUAACUGAUUGAAGUUGUUAACACUGUUUUUAAUAUUGAUAAUUGAUCGAAAGUUGCUUCGCACUCGAGAAUACUUCGUUUAUCAAACAAGCUUCGUGGUUUAUAAAACUUUCUUUGUUCGUUCACAAAUAUGAACGAGACUCGCUAAUUAUUCCGUUACGCAAAAGGAACGAAGCAAGAACGAGGUAAGAAGUUAGCGAAUGAAAAGUGAAGCGAAUCAUAGAAAGUGUUUUUCGAAUAACUGUCAAUAUUCCUCGAUUAUACGGGGGAGAAAAUUUCCAUGAUUAAUCGCUACGAAUUUGAUUCUUGGCGUCGAUUCUUCGCGUAAAAAAGAAAGCUCGUAUCUUUUCUAAAUUUUGAGAAUUACCAAGUAAACGAUCUCAUUGAAUGUGUGAAUAACUUUUGUUUUCCUAAAGUUAAAGUAAAAUUGUUGUUUCGAGAAAUUGAUUUGGAUCUCGUAAAUGUUCCAUCAUCUAUUUUUUCUAGAUUACAAGAGUUGCUUAUCAUAAUUAAAUAGUGAUGAUAUUGUACUAAAUAUACGAUAGAAUUGAAAGUAAUUAAAUAUAGCUGUAGUAUUAAUUCUUGUUUUUUGAAAGUAAGAUAAAUUUAAAAUUUGUCAAAAUUUGAUCGAUUUGGUGAUUUCUACUUCUUUGGUGUUACUACUUCGAGAUGGUAACAAAUAACAAAAGUUAUAAAAAUAUAGAACAAGAUUUACCUCAUUCACGAUCGUUCACAAGUAAAUGAGAAAAAAAUAAAAAUAAUAAAACUAUAGAACGAGCUAGCUGUAUUAAAUAGGGCAACAAGUCUCCAUCCCACCAAGUCUCGUUAUAAAAUUCGUGGAAGAAUAAUAACUCGCCUUUCCAAUUCCAAUGUCUCUUAUUUUUCAAUCACUCUUACUCUAUUCAAAAAUUUCAAUUUGCAAAACAUUGUCUUUCCAACUAACAACCUAUUGAGAAUGAAAUCACGUCGAUUGAAAGUCGAAAUACAAGAAGAAGAUGACAAUGGGAAGAAAGUAAUAUAGACGCAAUCGAAAUUGAAUCAUCGUCGAAAGCAAGAUGAGUAAGAAAUUUCUCCAUUUAUUGUAUAUUAACAUUCUCGAUCUCCGUUCCGCCAACCGAUUCUUU